AUGGAUGCGCCGGUACCCAAGCUCGCGGAGCUCCUCCGCCACCCCGACGACCUCGACAAGAUCGCCGGCCUGAAGCAGGAGUUCUCCCGCAAGAAGACCGCCGUCGACUCCCAGCUCCGCAGCGGCCUACGCGAGCAGCUCGAGACGACGCAGUCGGGCAUGACGGGCCUGACGGACGGCCAGAAGACGGUCCAGCUCAUCAAGGAGGAGAUGAUCAAGAUCGACCGGCUGUGCUCCGAGUCGCAGAACAUGAUCAAGGACUUCAACAGCAUCAACCUCGUCUCGCAGGCCCACCGCAACUUUGGCGCCGUCGAGGCCAUGCGCAAGAACCUCGAGACCUUCAACGAGCGCCUGGCCAUUGUCGAGCGGAUGCUGGCCGAGGACGAGGAGGACAAGGAGAACAUGCCCAACCUGCUGCCGAUCCACUACGAGCUGACGCAGCUGAGAAACAUCCGCGACGACGCCAUGGAGCAGAUCCAGAGGGCCGAGGACCCCAGCCUGGAGUCGACGCUCGAGGACUACUUCCAGAGGCUGGAUACCAUGAUUGACUGGUUCGAUGAGCACAUUGGCAUCCUGGCGCUGAACCUGAUCAACCUCGUGGUCAACGACAACAACGGCCUGGUGGUGCGCUUCGCCGUCGUCAUCGAGGCCGAGGAGAAGAGCGACCAGCGGGUGCUGGCGCUGCAGGAGGCGCUCAAGGACCACAAGGAGAUGGCGACGCGGUUCCAGAGCAUCACGGACGGCGCCAAGAAGGUGCGGGGGUACAAGGACAAGUUCACCCAGGCCAUCAAGAUCAGCGUCGAGGGCCAGUUCGCUGAGGCCAGGGGCGAGUUCCUCGACGACCCCUCGGCGCUGGACAAGAUCCUGAAAUGGUACUUCAACGACCUCAACGCCGUCAAGAUGGGCAUGACGCCCCUGAUGCCCAAGAAGUGGAAGAUACUCAAGACGUACGGCGACAUCUACCACCAGACGAUGCACGAUUUCCUCGUCGGCAUGAUCGACGACCCGGACUCGGCGUCGGCCAAUACGCUGGAGAUCAUCAACUGGCCCGAGCGGUACUACAAGAAGAUGAAGAAGCUGGGCUUCAAGCAGGAGGACCUCACGCCCCACGUCAUUGACUCGCGGGAGACGGAGCUGGUCCGCGACUUCCGCCAGCUCAUCAUCAAGUUCCUCGACGAGUGGAUCGAGCGCAUCUUCAACGCCGAGCAAAAGGACUUUGCGGAGCGCAACGUCGAGGGCUCCAACCUGGACCAGGACGAGUACGGGUACUUCCGGUCGCGGAACCUCGUCGACAUGUGGCGGAUGAUGCGCGAGCAGAUCGACGCCGCCGCCAACUCGAAGCGCAUCGACGUGAUCGAGGGCGUCAUCGACGCCAUGUUCCUGCGGCUGCGGGGCCGGCAGCAGUCGUGGCAGAGGAUGCUCGACGAGGAGGCCACCAAGUUCGAGACGGGCAAGAUCCCGGAGCUCGAGGGGUUCCAGCCGCUGCAGGACUGGCUCGUCGCGACGGCCAACGACCAGAUUGCGUGCGUCGACGACAACGAGGACGAGAACCGGUUCGGGUACCUGUCCAACUUUAAGCAAAAGUUUGAGCCGCUCGUCUCGCCGGCGUACAUGGAGCGGGCCGAGGGCGAGGUGGAGCUGCUGCGCGACGCCUACAUCGACUUCAGCACGUGGUGCAUCACAAAGUUUGUGCAGCUCAUCUUCUCGGUCGACUUCAAGACGGUCAUGCCCGAGUUCUUCACGCCCAAGUGGUACGCGAGCACGGCCAUGAAGCAGAUGGUGGUGACGUUUGAGGAGUACGUCGGCGACUACCGCCAGGUCCUGCACCACUCGCUCGUCGACAUCUUCACCGAGAUCUUUGCCGACGAGCUGCUCAUCCGCUACCUCUCGUCGGUGCGCAACAAGGGCGCAAAGUUCCGCCGCGCCGACCCCGUCCAGGACAAGCUCUUCAACGACAUCUCGACGGCGUUCGAGUACUUUGCCGCCCUGCCGAACCCGGACGUCGGCAACACGGUCAAGCAGACGUGGCGCGUCACCGAGUACUUUCUACAGCUGCUCACCGUCGACAAGGACGCCAUCCCCGACACGUUUGAGGGCUUCAAGACGGCCUACUGGGACCUGCAGAUCAGCUGGGUCGAGGCCGUGUUGCGGUCGCGCGACGACUUUGAGAGGAGCAUGCUCAACGCCGUCAAGGCGCGCGCCGCGUCGCUCGACGUCGUCCGCGGCCCCGAGACCAUCAUGGGCAAGGUCAAGUGA